AUGGUGGUGGCGGAGGUGGCAGCAGCCGCCACGGCCGCCUCUGGUAGUUCAUCUCAGGCCGAUAAUUCAGCAUCUUCUGGUGGCAACAGUCCUCCCACCUCGGCACCGAGUCAAUCUCCAGGUAGUUCAUCUCAUCAAUCUCCAGGUAGUUCAUCUCAGCCUGGAUCAGCUCAGCCUCCUGGUGGCGCCAGUCCUCCCACCCCGGCACCAAGUCAAUCUCCAGGUAGUUCAUCUCAGCCCUCUGGGCCAACCCAGCCUCCUGGUGGCGCCAGCUCUUCCACCGUGCCUAGCGGUAGUAGCACAGGUCCCAGUGAUCCCUGCAACUCUAACCCCUGUAAAGGAGCUGCUUCUUGUGUUAAGCUGCAUAGCGAAUACUUCUGCUUGUGUUUAGAAGGCUAUUACUACAACGAGUCUCUGUCGUCAUGUGAGAAAGGAAGGACAUUCCCUGGGGACAUUAGCAUGAGUGUGUCUGAAACAGCCAACUUGGAAGAUGAAAACUCUGUGGGCUAUCAAGAGUUGUACAACAAUGUUGUCAAAUUUUUUGAAAAAACAUUUAAUAAGACUGACUAUGGACAGACUGUAAUUAUUAAAGUGAGCACAGCCCCUUCACGGUCAGCAAGAUCUGCAAUGCGUGAUGCUACAAAGGAAGUCAGUGUAUCCAUAGUAAAUAUGUUUAGAGCAGACACAAAAGAAACUGAAAAGAGUGUAUCUUCUGCAAUUGAAACUGCAAUUAAGACUGAUAGCAACGUGCAAGGCUAUGUCAGUAUAAAUUUGUGUGAUCAUUAUGGUUGUGUAGGGAAUGACAGCAAUAAAUGCCAGGACAUUUUACAAUGCAAGUGCAAACCUGGGCUGGACAGGCUGAACCCGCAGGUUCCUUUUUGUGUUGCUAUAACGUGCUCUCAGCCCUGCAAUGCAGAGGAGAAGGAGCAGUGCUUAAAGACGGAUAACGGAGUAAUGGAAUGUGUGUGCAUGCCGGGCUACCAGAGGGCAAACGGGAACAGGAAGUGUGAAGAGUGUCCAUUUGGCUACAGCGGGAUGGAUUGCAAAGACCAAUUUCAACUGAUCCUCACCAUCGUGGGCACCAUUGCUGGAGCCCUCAUCCUCAUCUUGCUGAUUGCUUUUAUCGUCUCUGCGAGGUCAAAGAACAAAAAGAAGGAUGGAGAACAGCAGAGGCUGAUUGAGGAUGACUUUCAUAACCUACGACUGAGGCAGACCGGCUUCUCCAACUUAGGAGCAGACAACAGCAUCUUCCCCAAAGUCAGAACAGGGGUCCCAAGUCAGACCUCUAAUCCCUACGCAAACCAGCGAAGCAUGCCUCGCCCUGACUACUAGAAUGAUAAGAAUUUGGAACCCUCCCUAGCCCAGCCCACA